UUCAGACUCCAUUUUGAGUCGACAGAACAGAAGGAGGAAAACUGAAGGGUGAGUGUUAAUCCAACAUUUUUAUUAUUUUACUGUAAAAGUCCGUUUUCUCCCUGUUGACCGUAGAGGAAAGAAAUGUUAGAGUGAACUCAACAGUUUGAUUCAUCUGUGGACACGAAGUCGUGACUGGCUGAAUACAACACGUUAAACCUGCAGCAAGAAAACAAGCACAGAAAGACGCGCGUGAAGACAUUUUAGCUUAGGUGUGUGGGUACACACACUUUCCUUCGACACCGAGUGGUUACAAGCAUGGUCGUAGGAGGUCACCGAGGUCUGGACCUCCGUAAUUAUAUAUUUAUGUAGCCUAUAAAUGAUCAUUCGAAUAAAAACCAUUGAUAACACAAUCAAGGCCAAGCGGGCGCAGCUGAAUAUACACACUGUAAAAAAGGAUUGGAUCAAUAAGUUAUAGUAACUUCUUUCUAUAAUUUACCUCCACUUAACAUAAUAAGUUAUGAAAUUUCAACUUAAUUUAAUGAGUUAUCACUAUCACAACUCAGGUUUGUAAGCCAGUUCAGUGAAAUGUAAAUUUCAAUGUGUCAACUUAAUUUAUAAGUGUGAGUUGGAAUAUGGUAACCGGAUCUCUUAAAAAGUGACCAUGACCCCGGUGUGGCGACAGUAUUAAUGCGCGGUGCAAAUAGUCCUGAAUAUUUUCUCUUGAUCUGAUAUACGACUAAUAACUAUGCUGAUUGAUUUUUGUAACACAUUAAUGAGGCGCACCACCCAAUUGCAAUUCCCCAUUGAGAGAAGAAGAGGAACGCAAAUUAAGCCUACUGACACGGGUGAGCAGAUAAGUAGCGGAUGAAUACGUUAUUUUCCAGCAAGAUGUGGAUGAGACUUGGCAGCGGGAAAGCGGGUCUUUUCGGAUUGGAGCAAGAGAAGCAAGGUGAGUCUGUCAUUUAUAAUAAUUGUAACCCAAUUCAAUGAGUCAAUUAACUUAGUUAUGAAGAAACGAAUUGCUGUCAUGAGACUUUCUGAACACGGGAUAGUUCAGAGCAGCUUAUUAAUGCAUGUAACGUUAGUGUUCAGCAGUGAACCCAACUUUACAGUGUUUACGUUAGUCCGAGAAUCACUUUUUACUUUUAUCAAGAAGAAACACAAUCUUUUAUGACAUUCACCCCUCAAAAAAGGACAUUUAUGGCGCUUGGUAGUUGUUUGAAUGUUUGAGUUAGCUGCUUUACUAGAGCCUCUGUGUGUAACUUAGUGUCAGUAAUUAGCCUUGGCCCGUCCCAACGAUGUGUGGAGUAGCGUCGACGUUUCAGUAAUUAGCCGUGACCCGUAACGUUACCAACGUUGUUUCAGUUAUUAGCCAUGGCCUGUUCCAACGAUGUGGGUGGAGAGGCGUCGGCAUUUCAGAAAUUAGCCUUGACCAGGUGAGUUGCUACUUAAAUUAAAGUUAGCUGCUUCAGCAAAAUUAAGAGGAUUUGGGCUUUCUUAACAUUGUUAGCUAAUCUGUGACGAGUUUCUUUUGCAAUGUUAUUCGCUUAUUAGUGAGUUUGUACUCAGCUCCAGCUUAACCUGCCAAUUUAAAAAAAUAAAAAAAAUAGCGGGAGGAAGGUAGACUUUACUGGCGCCAUCGUGUGUUUCACUGUCUGACUGUGAGAAGAGCAAAGAGAGAGCUGAGCAGGUGAAGAUAACAUUAGUUGAUUUUUUUUUUUUUUUUGAAAGAGUGCAUUGACGUUAAAACGGUAGCCUCUGAUCCACCACAUCUGUUUUAACAGGCAGUGGCGAGUUGUUAAAUCAGUGUUUCCCAUACGUAAUUUAUUUGUGGCGUCCCGCCACAAUAUCAACGCAGACUGCCACAUAUUGAUUUUCGUUUUUUUUUACUAGGCCUAUUUAAAAUCUAAAUCUAAUCCCGCCCCUCUCCCUCAUGAACACAGGAAAAGAAGAUGUUGUAGUAAACAUUUAUACUUAAAACUAUGUUUUUUUAACUCUUUUUAGGUAAAAGUAGUCUACAAUGCUGCUGCGUGUCAUCAUAUCAGAAAAUGAAGACAUCCCAUCCAGUGUUGAGGAGCUGUAUCAGGUGUUGCGAACAAAGCUUGGUCUGAGAGGUGGAUUCAUUUUGCAAUUUGAGGAUCCUGAGUUCAAUAAUCAGUUGUGCAAUCUAACAGACAUCAAAGACCUUCCUGUGAAAGUGUUGUUCACAGCUGAUGACGUCUCAGAUUCUACACUGGACACUUGCAGCCUCCCUUCUCUUAAUAGAGAUUGUGUUGAAUGGCCUGACCCCUUCCCGAUUCCACAGUUCUCAUAUGAUGUGGAGCUGCAGCUGAAAGAAGCCAAUGCUAAGGAUGGAUCUGUAAUGGUGAUUCCUAAAGGUUUAAAGACAUUCUUGAUAUACUGGCCGACAGUAUGUCAAAGAUUAGUGCUUAUCCUGAGAGGCAUCACUAUGAGAAUGAAGCCAAAGCACUUGUGGAGAAGCAUCCUAGUCUGAAGGAGCCAGGGUCGGAAAAGGGAUGGUACUCGUGGUUUCACAGCCUGAAAUUUAAGCUUGGAAACUAUCGGCAAAAGUUAAGUGCAGCAGGAUGCCCUGAGGUGGUGGUAAAGAAAAGGAGAAGGUUCGAAGGGGAAAGUGUAAAGAAGUCAAAGUAGGGUGAGGUCAACUACUGUCCAGAUCCGCCUGAAGGACAGAGUCCUGAAAACAUGGAGGAGAAGCGUAAUAUGAUGGAGGCUGAAAUGCUGAAAAGAGACCCUGAUCCCCAGCUGGUAGAAGACCUGAUGGUUGCUACGUUUUCCCAGCGCAGAAAAGAGAUAAUUGGAGAUCAGCCACUCAUCACAGAAGUCAUUUCCAGAUGGCCAGCUCUGUUGCAUGAGAGACAGAUCAGGACGGAGUUCAAGAGAAUGGCCACCAAAGACCUUCUUCUGGAAUAUUUUCUCGACAGACGUGAUGGCCUGGUCCCAAGACUGCUAGAGGUGUACAAAGCAGCAAUCAAGACUGGAAAGAAGCAAUCACUCAAAGAUAUUUUGGACUGCCUUCAGAAAGAUGAUACAAAUGAGAAGAGAAGGACUGCUGCCUUGCUUGGUCUGCCACACUACAUAUCAGGCGAAGAUCCAUCAACUGUCGUCAGGAAUUGUGACGCUCACAGGGAGACUCUGGAUGAAACCAUGAAGGGGGAUGCAACUUGGCCUGCUGAUAGGCUAUGAAGGUGCUGAACGGGAUGCAUUUCCACGGGAGGUCUUCGAGAUAGCUGUUGUGGUUGAGGAGACAACAUUAAAGAUGUGGCAUGCAGCUUUGCCAUGCUCAUGGGUGUCAUCUACUGUGUCAAUCUCGAGUACCCAGAAGCCAUGAAGUAUUCCUUUGAGUUUCUUCAGAGAGUGGUGAUUAAGAUAAAACCAGACCAAGCAUGUGCCCGCGUACAUGGACUAAGAAACAGAAUCCUGAGAGUGACUGAAGUCCAGAAGAUGAGUGUGUGUAAGGAGGAAGAGGAGGACAGAGCAGGGUCUGCAGGAUCCACCUGUCUGUCUAUGAAGAGUGACCAGUCCAUAAAUCUUAAUCCUCCAGACUUCAGUAAUGAACCCGGACCCUCAGGCACAAAAGGGAGAAAAAGGACUAAUGUUUCUGCAGAGGAUCAGCUGUCCUGCUGUGCUUUGUGUCUGAGAGUCCUUAAGGAUCCAGUCUCUACCAGCUGUGGACACUGGUUCUGCAGACAGUGCAUCACCUCAUACUGGGACCAGUCUGUUUCAUCAGGAGACUCCUCCUGUCCCCAGUGUGGAAAAAGAUCCAGAACAACAGCGGGACUGCAGACAACCAGUCAGAGCAGCACUGUACAAAAUGAUGGUCUGAAGGAGGUUUUAGAUGAACAUAAGAUCAGUCUGAGGAGGAGAUGUGAAUGUGUGACUGAAGGAACUGAUAAAACAGGAAGGGGAACCCUCCUCAACAGGAUCUACACUGAGCUCUACAUCACAGAGGGACAGAGUGAAGAGGUUAAUACCCAGCAUGAGGUGAGGCAGCUUGAGACUGCUUCCAAGAUGGAGACCUUCCAUGACACUCCAAUCAAGUGCCACGACAUCUUUAAAGCCUUACCUGGCCAACAGAAACACAUCAGAGUGGUUCUGAUGAACGGCGUUGUUGGCGUUGGAAAAACCUUCUCAGUGCAGAAGUUCACUCUGGACUGGGCAGAGGGCUCGGAAAACCAAGAUGUCAGUCUGCUGGUUCUGCUUUCGUUCAGGGAGCUGAACUUGAUCAAAGAUGAGCAGUACAGUCUUCUCACGCUGCUCCAUGUUUUCCAUCCAACAUUACAGAAGGUCCCAGCAGAGAAGCUCGCUGUCUGUAAACUGUUGUUCAUCUUUGACGGCCUGGAUGAAAGCAGACUUUCAUUGGAUUUCCACAACAAUGAGGUUGUGUCUGAUGUCACACAGAAGUCAUCAGUCAACCUGCUGCUGACAAACCUCAUCAAGGGGAAUCUGCUUCCCUCUGCUCUCGUCUGGAUAACUUCCAGACCUGCAGCAGCCAAUCAGAUCCCUCCUUCAUCUGUUGACAGGGUAACAGAAGUACGAGGCUUCACUGACGCCCAGAAGGAGGAGUACUUCAGUAGGAGAGUCAGUGAUGAAGAGCUGUCCAGCAGAAUUAUCUCACACAUCAAGACCUCCAGGAGCCUCCACAUCAUGUGUCUAAUCCCAGUCUUCUGCUGGAUCACUGCUACAGUUCUGGAGCACAUGUUGACUACAGACCAGAGAGGAGAGCUGCCCAAGACCCUGACUGACCUGUACUCACACUUCCUGCUGGUUCAGACAAAGAGGAAGAAGCAGAAGUAUAAUGAGGGACAUGAGACGAGUCAACAGGAGCUGAUGGAGGCUGACAGGAACGUUCUUCUGAAGCUGGGGAGGCUGGCGUUUGAACAACUGCAGAAAGGAAACAUCAUGUUCUACCAAGAAGACCUGGAGCAGUGUGGUCUUGAUGUCACAGAGGCCUCAGUGUACUCAGGAGUUUGUACAGAGAUCUUCAAAAGAGAGAGUGUGAUCUUCCAGAAAACAGUCUACUGCUUUGUUCAUCUGAGCGUUCAGGAGUUUCUGGCUGCAGUUUACAUGUUCAGCUGUUACACCAACCGGAACACAGAGGUACUGGAGGACUUCCUGGGAAACAAACAUGCUGAUUCAGCCCUUGAUGUCUUUCUGAUGGGAGCAAUAAUGAAAUCCCUUGAAAGUAAAAAUGGCCACCUGGACCUGUUUGUUCGCUUCCUUCAUGGUCUCUCUCUGGAGUCCAACCAGAGACUCUUAGGAGGCCUGCUGGGUCAGACAGACAACAGUCCAGAAAUCAUCCAGAGAGCCAUCAACAACCUGAAGAAGAUGAACACAAAAACCUCUCCUGACAGAAGCAUCAACAUCUUCCACUGUCUGGUGGAGAUGAAUGACUCAUUACAUCAGGAGAUCCAAGAGUUCCUGAAGUCAGAGAACGGAUCAGACAAGGAACUCUCUGUGGUCCACUGCUCAGCUUUGGCCUGCAUGCUGCAGAUGUCUGAGGAGGUUCUGGAUGAGUUGGACCUAAAGAACUACAACACAUCAGUGGAGGGACGACACAGACUGAUUCCAGCUGUGAAGACCUGCAGAAAGGCUCUACUUUCUGGCUGUGGACUCUCACAGACUCAUUGUGAAGUUGUGGCCUCAGCUCUGAAGUCCAACCCCUCCCAUCUGAGAGAGCUGGACCUGAGUCACAAUAACCUGCAGGAUUCAGGAGUGAAGCUGCUGUGUGCUGGACUGGAGAGUCCACACUGUAGACUGGAGACCCUGAGAUUGAGUUCCUGCUGUUUGUCAGAGAUCAGCUGUGCUUCUCUGGCCUCAGCUCUGAAGUCCAACCCCUCCCAUCUGAGAGAGUUGAGGCUGAGUGACAAUGAGUUGCAGGAUUCAGGAGUGAAGCUGCUGUGUGGUUUUCUGGAGAUUCCACACUGUAGACUGGAGACUCUGAGAUUGGGUGUCUGCAGUUUGUCAGAGAUCAGCUGUGCUUCUCUGGCCUCAGCUCUGAAGUCCAACCCCUCCCAUCUGAGAGAGCUGGAGCUGAGUGGAAACAUCCUGCAGGAUUCAGGAGUGAAGCUGCUGUGCGAUUUUCUGGAGAGUCCACACUGUAGACUGGAGAAGCUGAGAUUGUGGGGCUGCAGUUUGUCAGAGAUCAGCUGUGCUUCUCUGGCCUCAGCUCUGAAGUCCAACCCCUCCCAUCUGAGAGAGCUGCAGCUGAGUAACAACAAGCUACAGGAUUCAGGAGUGAAGCUGCUGUGUGGUUUUCUGGAGAAUCCACACUGUAGACUGGAGACUCUGAGAUUGAGUUCCUGCAGUUUGUCAGAGAUCAGCUGUGCUUCUCUGGCCUCAGCUCUGAAGUCCAACCCCUCCCAUCUGAGAGAGCUGAAGCUAAACUUCAACAACCUGCAGGAUUCAGAUGUGAAGCCGUUGUGUAAUCUUGUGGAGAGUCCACACUGCAGACUGGAGACUCUGAGACGGUGGCGAUCUGUGUCAGAGUGUGAGUGAUGAGAAAGGUGAUGAGAGAGAAUCAGCUGUGUCCUGAUGAUCCAGAGAGGUUGAAGCAGCAGCAUCAGCUUGUGUGUGGAGAGGCUCUGACUGGGCCUUGUUACUGGGAGGUAGAGUGGAGAGGAGAGCUUCAUCCAGCAGUGACUGACAGAGGAAUCACAACAGUGCUGCAGUCUGAACUGCUCUGAGAUCAGCUCCACUGUCAGACACAAAGUCAAGUCCACCAUCAUCCCUGUGUGUUCCUCUGGAUGUGACAGAGUAUCAUCGGUGUAUCUGAAUUGCUCUGCUGCUGCUCUGUCCUCCUUCAGACUCCUCCACUCCUUCUGCUCCACACUCAGACACCUCUUCCAUCUGGACCUGGAAUUUAUUUCAUUCAUUUUGAACCUAAAGUGCCUCUGCAGAUUAGUUCUGUUUAUGACAACAUAACUGCAGAUUAAUUUAAAUGGAUUCUUCUGUUUUGCUUUUUGUUGCAGCUCCACAUUGUGGACUGAUGGACAAUUGCAGUUAAUUUCCACAUAUUUCUAACACAUUUUGGAAGUUGAUGUGAAAAAGCAGCAUCCAGGCUGCAUGCAUAAAGUUCCCUCUCUGAAGGUCUGCUUAUUACGACCAAUACCAGACUUUUCUCGCAGUUUAACAGAUACUUAAGUAUCAUUUUUAUUAAUGCAUGAUUAUAAUUUUAUUUAUUUUUUAAGUAGUCGAAUUUACUAGUACAUCAGUGUGUUAUUGCAGAAAACUUCACUAAAAAACUACAAAGUCUGGUGAUAAUUACCUAUGGGUUUCUCACUUUCACUAUGAAAGAUGUAUUUCAAUUUCAUGUUGUCAUUUAGAUCCCUUGUUAAUAUAAAAAUAUUGUUGUUUUUAGUAACUAAAAUAUCUGGAUUUUGGUGAAAAGCCAUUGCUGUCUUAAACAUCGCUCAUACACUGAACACCAGAACAUUUUAAUAACUUGUUACAUAAUCUUUUACUUUUGACAUGAACUGAAUCUGCAAAAAAUAAUAUAAAAGUACCAACUCUACUCCUGAAGGGUCACUCUGAUAAUUUCUUUUGCUUAUUGAAUAGUAGCACUAUAUCAGCCCAGUUCAAAGUAAGUUCAGUGAGCUGACUGGGGCAUGCCACUGGGAGCAGCGGAGUGGAAACAAACGCUGCUAUGGCUCAGGAGGAAUGGAAGAAGAAAACAAAGGCAAAGCAAAACCUAUUGGAAGGGAAUGCAAAAGCAGUCCUCAAAAAAUAUCCUCAACAUACAGAGCCCCUGAAGAGCCACACCAAUAUUUUGCGUUCCCUCGCAUCUGGUUGAUCAAAAUGAUAAGACAAUAUUUGAUCUGUUAAAUGGUUACCUGUCAGAUUUAUUGCAUGACUCAUUAAGCAGAGAAAAGCUGUUGAUUUCAUAAAUUUCCACUUAAUCAACUCUGUCACUGUACUGGUGAAGGGAUCCAUCAAAUAGCUUGAGAUACAAAAAUACUGUAGUUUAUUUUGAAAAAAUGGAUAUGAAAAGUAUUCAGUAUCUUAUUUUAAAAUACAUUUUGGUGUAUAUUUUCCCAUCCUUUAACACGUUUUUAUUGUUUUUUUGUGAACGGUGCCUUUGUUUUCUUUAAAAAAAAAAACUGUUAAGUGAAACACAACACAAUCAUGUUGGUGUAAAUGUUUACUUCUUUACAUUCAUUGAAAGGAAAUACAUUACAUUACAGUCAAGUGGAGAUCAGAUCACUGCUCAGUGUAGCCCUGAUGAGUCAAACACUGCAAAAAAUAAUGACAAACUUGGCCUUUAUAUUUACAAAUAAUUCACAUUAUAUCCAGGAAAUUUCAAAGUGAAUUUAUCAACCUGCAAAAGUUUUUUUUAAUCAUAAAUCUGAUGUUUUUAACUAGUAGGUUUUGGUCUUAGAUUUUUAUAUUCAUAGCAGGAAUUGAAGAUAAUUUAACUUCAAAUAUCUCAGGAUAAAAUCGGCCAAGUGUGUCACUUUUUUACUGUGUAAUAAUAAUUAUAACAAUAUACAAUCUUCAAAUAAGUUAAAUUUAAUAAAAACAAUCUUUCCCUUCACUGUAGUCGAGGUUAAAGGUGAUAAUUUGGCAUCCGGUAGUUUCUUCACAGCACAAUACCUUUUCACUCUGGUAGAACAGUUUAUAAAAUGUUCAUGCAUGUGAUCUGUUCAUAGCAUCUGGUAAUUUGUGGCAACAUGUGCAGUGCUUUUAUUUUGAAAUGCUUGUGCAAAGUUGGCCUAACUUGAUGUGAUUUUGUUGUUUACAUGAAAUAAAAAGAUGACAUUAUUCUACCAAAGUGA